AUGGCGUAUAUAUACUCCAACCUGUCGGACUUCUGGACCAGCGAUGAUGAGGAUGACGAGGAGGUAGAUGGAACGGAGGAGGAUGCGCCAAGUGCGAACAAUACGGUGAACGCAGCAAACGCAGCAAACGCUGCAAACGCUGCAAACGCUGCAGGAGGGGUAGGGAACUACGCCCAAAUGGCAGACGAAGCGGUGAAGAGAUUGAGUGACCCUCCAUUAGACCCGAACCACGAAUUGUACAAUUACGCCCUGGACGACUACGAUGAAGCACUGCUGGAAAAGCGGGAAGAUGUAGGACCCAACGAUACAUAUUACACAGGCAACAGCCCCUUUGCAAAUGUCAUGGAUAGUGGACUCAACUUUAACAUAAACGAAGUCAUGAGCGGACUCACCAACAACGUAGUAGACAAUUUUUCCAUAAAAAGCAUGAUAGAAAAGUAUGAUAUUAGUAGCUUUAUGUAUAAUGAUACUUUGUUAAAAUAUUGCGAAGCGGGAGUAGCCAUAAAUGACGAUUCGGUAAGCAGGGAGAAACUUUCCUUGAAUGAGAACUUCCACUUCAGCUGCUUUGGCCCUGUGGAAUAUAUCACUCCGCCGAAAAGUAACGUCAAGGGGGGUACACAGGAGGAUUCCACGAAAGAUGUUACCACGAAAGAUGUUACCACAAAUGAGAUUCUCACGAAGGAUGUCCCCACUGAAAGCGCAGUGGAGAACAUGAUUGACGAGCGUGUUAAGCCAGACAUUGCGGAAGAUGUAACAGAAGAGGCCAAGUUACACAAAGGUGAUGACGCCGCACCAACCCAGCCGGAGGAAGCCCCCACCGGUGACGAUAAACACAACGUGAAGUACAUACGGAAAAAGUGGGUGAUAGAGGACAACCACUCGGAUGUGUCCAACUUCAGCCAAAACGAUCUGCUCUUAUCCUACAACUUCGAAUUAGACGAUUUUCAAAAAAGGUCGAUAAAACACCUGAACAAUUUUAAGCAUGUCUUUGUAGCAGCACACACCUCAGCAGGAAAAACGCUCAUAGCAGAGCACGCCAUAGCUAUGUCUAUUAAGUUAAACAAAAAGGCAAUAUACACUAGCCCGAUAAAAGCAUUAAGUAACCAAAAAUAUCAUGAAUUUAAAAAUAUUUUCAAAAGUGUAGGAAUAAUAACAGGGGAUAUAAAAAUGAAUGUAAAUGCAAACUGCCUAAUCAUGACAACAGAAAUUUUAAGAAAUCUCCUCUACAUAAAUGAUAAUAUAAUUAAUAAUAUACACUGCGUGAUUUUUGAUGAGGUACACUACGUGAAUGAUAAUGAGAGGGGAUUCAUUUGGGAGGAAUCCAUCAUUAUGUUACCUCCUCAUGUGCAGAUAUUACUCCUCAGCGCUACGGUGCCAAACUAUUUGGAGUUUGCCGAUUGGGUAGGAUUUACGAAGAAGAAGGAAAUUGUUUCCAUCUCGACGAAGAAGAGACCCGUGCCGCUGCUGCACUAUAUUUAUGCCUACGAUUCGAUUUUUCAAAUUAUGGACGAAAAUAACAAAAUUUACUCCUCCGCGUUUAAGGAGAUUUACACCAAGGUGAGGGAGAAGGAGCAGGCCAGUGCCGGUCACGCCGGUGCCGGUUAUGGAGGGCAAACCAAACAAGCGUCAAGCGGGAAGAAGUACCCCCAGGAUGGGAAGAAUAAGCAACAAUCACCAGGGGGACCAGCUAUUACAAAUAGUAACCCACCACUUGCGUACAACGAGUACUGCAAACAGAAAAGAAGGCAGAAGCUCUUCGCAAAUGAAGCGAAUAUGAAAACGGAAAUACAAAAGCUGCAGGCACUUAUAAAAAAAUUAGAACAAGACAACAAACUCCCAGUAGUUCUUUUCUGCUUCUCCAGAAUAAAAUGCGAAACAUACGCCAAGAGUAUGCCCCAUUUAAAUUUCCUAGACAAUAAACACAAGUCUAAGGUGCAUUUGUUCAUUAAAGAAUCCAUAGCAAAGUUAUGCACACAAGAUAGGGAACUCAAUCAGAUAAAAAUUUUAACAAAGUUGUUGGAAAAAGGGAUAGGAAUACAUCACAGUGGGUUACUCCCCAUAUUGAAGGAAAUUGUGGAGAUCCUUUUUUCCAAAGGGUUAAUUAAAAUAUUGUUUGCCACUGAAACGUUUGCCAUGGGUAUUAACAUGCCAGCUAAAUCUGUCGUUUUUACGUCUAUCUAUAAGCAUGACCAAUUGAAGAAGCGAAUACUUACCUCAUCGGAGUACACACAAAUGUCCGGUAGAGCGGGCAGGAGAUCCUCCGAUAAGUACGGCUAUGUGUACAUCUACUGUCCAGAUAAAAUCCCAGACCAGGUGCAGCUAACCGAAAUGCUCAUGCAAAAGGCAGUUAGUCUCAAGAGCAAAUUUAAAGUCACCUACAAUAUGAUCCUAAAAUUGCUCAUCAAUAAACAAAUCAAUAUAGAGAAAAUGCUCUUCAGCUCCUUUUUGGAAAGUUGUAGAGCUGUUCAAAUUCCUCUCUUUAAGAAGGACUUGAAGAGAAAAAAAAAAUUAUUGCAAAGUAUAAAACAAGUGCAGUGCAUCUAUGCGAAUGAUGUAAAGUACGUCUCGCCAAUUGAGAGCUACGUACAGAUUGACUGUAAACUGAAACACAUCGGAUUGAGUUUACACAGAAAGCUGUUCACCACGAAAAGCAGCAACUGUUUCGUCAUCGGGAGAGUCAUGCUGCUCAACAAUAUUGCCACGAUACACAGCUCCAUCUACGGCGUCUACCUCGGAUGUGACAAAAGUAGCAGCAAGAAAAAUGAAAAGGUGGACUUUGCUCCGAAUAGCAUUUUUUUUCAGAACUCCGGAACGGGGGAAGAGUCCAAUGAGAGGUUCUUCUUCCUGUUCAUCUUGCCCGACUUUAUGACCUACGAGGAGUUGCUCCAAAAAAUGGGGGGAGAAGCACCAGGGGGAACCACCCCAAAUGGAGUCAAGCGGCCCUCACAAAUGAACCGCUCUUCAGUUACACAACCCAACAGAUUAACCAACGAAAAUGUGAACAUAUUCGAAAAUUACAAAAACCUCUUUUCCAAGCAGAGCACCCCCACUGGAGUUCAAAUCUUUCACCACAAUUCCUUCGACACAGAUAUGCAGAAAAAGCACUUCGUGGUCUGCUCCAAUGUACCGCUGGAGCACAUUUCCAUCAUAACGAACACAGUUAUCGUUCUGCCAAAUGUAAAAACGACAGCCAUUUUGAAUAAUCCCAAGAAUAUGCUUCUAUACAGUCUAGAAUUAGAUAGGUUAAUAGAGAAGGGAAAUUUCGAGCCGUUCGUUUUGACCAAAAUGCUCAAAUCCCUAAAGAGUGAGUUCUACUCAGUACUGAUAAAACAGGCAGAUUAUUUAGAGGCCUUAAAAAAAUCCCAGUGCUACUCAUGUAAUAUGAGAGAAAAGCACUACGAACUUGUGUGUGAAAGAAAUAACUGCAUUAACGAUAUUGAAAAUAUUGAACGGAAUAUUAAUGCCAAGUCACUCAAUUUGUAUGAAGAUUUAGAAGGAAGAUUGGAUGUGCUCAGGCAUUUCUCCUUUAUUGACGAGGAGCACAAUUUAACGGUUAAGGGGAAAAUAGCUAGCUAUAUUACCAUGACAGAUGAAAUUACCCUCACGCAGGUUAUCUUCGAAAAUAUUUUGAAUAAUUUGAACCCACCGGAAAUAGCAGCUGUCCUGUCCUGCUUUGUUGCACCAGAAAAAAAAAUAGAAGAAUCACCAGACCUUACUGUUAAUCUGCAGGAUGUUAAAAUGGCCUUGACAAAUAUUCAUAGCCAAUUUGAGGAAUUUUACAAAAUUAUUCGCUUGAAAAUCAGCUCGGAAGAACACUGGAAAUUAUGCAGCUUCAAAAUUAUGUUCAUUGCUUAUAAGUGGGCUCUCGGUGUCUCUUUUGCUGAAUUGUUGGAACAGUCCGAACUGGAGGAAGGACUCAUAGUGAGGUCAAUAUUACGUUUGGAUGACCUUUGCAGGAAGGUCAAAAUUGCCUUUCUCUACCUUGGGAAUGUCGAUUUGGCGGAACGACUGGAGACCACCUGCACGCUGCUCCGCCGAGACAUCAUUUUCAUGACGUCGCUUUAUUUGCAAUGA